GCUGCAGCGGGCUCAGGAGGAGCAGCGCUGCGUUCAGGUGGAGAAGGUGAAGGUGGAGGAGGAGCUGAGGAACGAGAUCAGCUCGGCCAAACAGGAAGCUCAGCGGCUCCGGGAGCUCAGGGAGGGAACAGAGAACGAGAGGAGCCGACAGAAAUACGCCGAGGAGGAGCUGGAACAGGUCCGUAUGGCGUUGAAGAAGGCGGAGAGGGAGCUGGAGUCGCGGGCUCACUGGGCGCCGCCGGAGGCUCUGCAGAAAUGGCUGCAGCUGACGCACGAGAUCGAAGUCCAGUACUACAACAUCAAGAAACAGAGCGCAGAGAGGCAGCUGCUGCAGGCCAGGGAGGGGGCAGAGAAGAUCAAGAAGAAGAGGAGUUCUCUGUUCGGGACGUUCCACGUGGCUCACAGCUCCUCGCUGGACGACGUCGACCACAAGAUCCUGUCGGCCAAACAGGCCCUGGCCGAGGUGACGGCGGCGCUGCGGGAGAAGCUCCACCGCUGGCAGCAGAUCGAGUCUCUGUCGGGUUUCUGUCUGGUCAAUAACCCGGGUCUGGGAGCUCUGGCCGCCGCCCUCAACCUGGACCCGGCCUUCCUCGGCCUGCGACCUCCGACCCCGCAGCACCUCCUCCUCUCCGACGACCUCGACGACAUGGACGAGGACAUCCUGUCUCCUGGGACGCUGCAGUACGCGGCGUGGCAGAUGGAUCGGCGAGUGAGCGACCUCUGGCCCCUGAGUGGCAUCGCAGACACCCAGUCACCAUGGCAACACUCGGCUCAGAGUCUGAUGCCCCUGCGACAGAGGAUAGGAGACCCCGCUCUGGCGUUCAGCUCUCAGAGGGACAUUAUGAACCGCUCGGACUCUGACUCCUCCCUCCCUCUGUCUCACGGCGAAUCCCGCAGCCUGUACAGCUCCAAGCCCCUCCUCCCGUCCUCCAGGCUCCACCCCCGGCAGGGUCAGUGCUCUGGGCUUGGAGGAGGAGGAGGCCUGGAGAAGAGCUCCAGCCUCGGGGAGCUGAGGGGCAGCUCUGCCGCUGUCCUCGCCUCCUCCUGCUCCACCCGCUCCCUCUGCAUUACAUCCGACGCCGCCGCCACCGCCACUGACAGCCCCGUCAUCUUCUCGUCCUCGGCCUCAUCCAGCUCGUUAGGCAGUGGCCGGGGGACAGGCCUCCACCUCCCGACCAGGAGGAGCCCCGUGGAGGAGGUGGGAGGAGCGGAGGAGAGCGAGUCGUCCAGCAGCCGGAGGAGAAACGCCUUUAAUAAGAUCUUCAAGAAGAAACAGGGACGUCACUGAGGACGAACCACAUCUCUGCCUCCGCCUCCAACCUGGUUUCAAACUGACUCAUGAUGAGACUUUGUUCUUCAUCAUCAGAGGAAACCUCGUCUGCUUUUACUCAACUUUUCCAGAAAAUAGUUUUUAUCUUUUCUCUCCAUUAAACUGAAAUAAGAUCAGGUUUGCGUCAAGAACUACGACUCACCACCGACUUCCCAGGAGACAGAAGAGUCCGAGGAGAAGAACAAGAGGACGACUGAAGAAGAAAAUAGAAGUAGAAAAUUUAAAGAGAAGUUUUGACAAAAGUUUUGAAGACAAAAGUUUGUGAUGAUCUCGCAGCUGGAUGUUAAACUAGAGAAGGAAGAAAUUUAAAACACCUGCUCUGAGAAAAAUAUUGAAUUUAAAUUUGUUUCUUUAAAGUUGUCUGUUUUCAUGUCUGUGUUUUCUGUUUCCGUGGACUUAGUGUCCAUUAGAGAAAUAAGCUGAACCUGUCACAGGUUUGAUUCCUGCAGCACCAGACUCUGUCUGAAACGUCAGAUUGUACGUUGUGCUUGAACGUGGUUUCUCAGUAGUUCCCUACAAAUCUGGCCCAAACGUUCACUUGUACUCAAGAUGAACUGAUUAGACUUUGGUGGUCAAAGGUCGGUCUUGACUUGUCAUCCAUCCCUAAAGUCACGAACGCAGCAAGAACACUCUUUGUCCCCAUAAUGAGACAGUCCAACCUGUCCAAUGGUGCAUUCAGGCACCCAUAACAUUAGCUGUUAACGAUGCCAUUGGAUAGUUUCCAGUGGUAAAGUGCAGUAACAACCUGGGACCAGUUUGACUUGAACAGACGCUGAUCAGUGGAUGAUGAGAUACCAAGGACCAAAUCAUACAGCAGUUAUUAUAGUCCUGAACAGAACCGGGCUGCAGGUCUCUGAACCUUUAGAACAGUACGACGUAUCCAGUCUGGUCUGGAUGAACCGGGUCUCAGCUUUUUCUGUUGCAUGAUGGGAAGUCACAUGGUCGUCUGUAAAUGCCUUUUUUGUUUCAUAUGUAUAUAUAUCAGAGUGGAUUUUAUGGCUUUAUUAUCUGAGUGUCAGUAGGUGAAGGGCUCUGUUUAUAUGACAGUGGAUGACGGCAGAACGGCAGGUUUACCAGAUCCACCGUCCAACAUCUGUCUGACCCACAUCUGUCUGAUAUUUGAAGAAGUAACUUGGCUGUCUGAAGUAAUAUCAGAGAUUUUCUGAUGUUUAAGAAACAAAACAAUUCAUCAACAAAAUAAUCAGCAGAUUAUUUAAACAGGUGUUUCACAGCCACAUCUGACAUUUGGCCUUUAAUGUUACAAUUAAAUAUAAAUAUUAGUCAAUCGAUUUAUCUGUUCUAAAUGAACUUUAAAGGGAUAUUUCUCAAGUUUCUAAUUCUCUUAUCGACAUAGGAGUGGACGGAUACGCUCGCUUUAUGCAAAUGUCUCUUUACUAUUAUUGCAACAAUCAAUCAAAAAACAAAAAGCAAAAACAGAAAUCUUGUCCAGAACAACCUCAAAGGUUCGGCUUGCUCAUGAUAAACUGAUUCUAAAAAAGAUUCAGUGGUGUUAAAAGGAACUUGUGUUAACGCAUCAUUAUCACGUUAACUUUGACAGCUCUAAUACCAGUGAAGUUAUCUGUUCAGUGUCAGAACUAAUGGUCAUAUAUUAAACUGUCGCUGCCACCCUCCGUCAUCUAAACUGAGCCUGAGGUUGUUUAACUUAUUCUCACAGUUUGAGUUUCACCUGUAGAGGAAAUGUAAGAUUGUAAAGUGUCACUGAAACACACAGCUGAUGUGAAGAUUAUUUUUACAGUCUGGUCACUGAAGCUCAUUAAACCUGUCAUCUGUUCAGAACAACCACACUGAUUUAUUUCUUCAAGCCUUAGACUAGUGUGGUAAAUCCUCAUCAUGUAGACGGUCAUGGAAGGAGCUGGUGCUGAUGAAGCUGGACCUGCAGCACCUCCACCUGAAGUUGAUCGUCCUCCCACAGGUGCCAGUGGAGGACUGUUAACCUGGGACAGUUAAAUCCAUUGAGUCAGCAGGUUUAUUUCAGAGUCAGAGCCUUAAACCCACUGAAGCUGCUGUAACUGUAAACACGUUACUGCAUCUUCAUGGUCUCGGCUGUUACACGAGGCUUGUGUCCAGUCAUGAAUAAAAGUACAUAAUAAAUAAAGUUUGACCUUCAGAGUUUGUUAACUGA